AUGCUCAAGUCUCUCUUCGUGGCCGGAGCCCUCGCCGGCUUGGCCUCUGCCUUCCCUUCCGCUGUGGACUCUCCCUUCCCGUCCAAGCUCUACCCUCGUGCGGCCUGCAGUGGCAACACUGCCAGCACUCGUUCUGAGUGGUGCGACUACGACACCAGCACCGACUACAUGAACACCGUCCCCGACACGGGCGUCACCCGCGAGUACUGGCUCGAGCUCACCGACGUCACCGUCUCUCCCGAUGGUGUCUCCCGCUCCGCCAUGGCCGUCAACGGCUCUAUCCCCGGUCCCACCCUGUUCGCUGACUGGGGUGACACUGUCACCGUUCACGUCACCAACUCCCUGACUACCUCCAACAACGGUACCAGCAUUCACUUCCACGGCAUUCGCCAGAACUACACCAACGAGGCCGAUGGUGUCAGCUCCAUCACCCAGUGCCCUCUGGCGCCCAACAACACCAUGACCUACACCUGGAGAGCUACCCAGUACGGAUCUACCUGGUACCACUCCCACUUCGCCCUCCAGGCCUGGCAGGGUAUCUUCGGUGGUAUCAUCAUCAACGGUCCCGCCACUGCCAACUACGAUGAGGAUCUCGGCAUGGUCUUCCUGAACGACUGGGACCACCAGACUGUCGAUGAGCUCUACUCUACCGCCGAGACCUCCGGUCCCCCGACUCUGGACAACGGUCUCAUCAACGGCACCAACGUCUACGGCGAUGACGGCGACUCCACCCAGACCGGUACCCGCUUCAACAUGACCUGGACCUCCGGUACCUCCUACCGCAUGAGACUCGUCAACGCUGCCGUCGACACCCACUGGAAGUUCAUGAUUGACAACCACACCAUGACCGUCAUCGCUGCCGACCUUGUCCCCAUCACGCCCUACACCACCACCGUCCUCGACAUGGGCAUGGGCCAGCGCUACGACAUCAUCGUCACUGCCGACCAGGCCGACACCGCCGACAACUUCUGGAUGCGCGCCAUCCCCCAGGCUGCCUGCUCUGACAACGACAGCACCGACAACAUCAAGGGUAUCAUCGCCUACACCAGCACCAUCGGCACCCCCACCACCUCUGCCUACGACUACACCGACUCUUGCGACGAUGAGACCGACAACCUCGUCCCCUACCUCUCCAAGUCUGUUGAUGACGCCAACUGGAACGACCUCGAGUCCGCCACCGUCGGCAAGAACACCGCUGGCCUCUUCAAGUGGUACCUCAACAGCACCUCCAUGCUCGUCGACUGGGCCGACCCGACCCUCCUCCAGAUCGUCAACGGCACCACCAGCUGGGAGACCGACGACGCCGUCAUCGAGCUCUCCGAGGCCAACAAGUGGAUCUACUUCGUCAUUGAGACCACUCUGGCCGUCCCCCACCCCAUCCACCUUCACGGUCACGACUUCUUCAUCCUGGCUCAGGGCUCCGGUACCUACUCCAGCUCCGUCUCCCUCAACACCACCAACCCUCCCAGAAGAGAUACUGCCAUGCUUCCUUCUUCCGGCUACCUCGUCAUGGCCUUCGAGACCGACAACCCGGGUGCCUGGCUCAUGCACUGCCACAUCGGCUGGCACACUUCUGAGGGUUUCUCCAUGCAGUUCGUCGAGCGCUACGACGAGAUCACCGCCCUCACCGACUCCACCUCUCUCGAGAACGUCUGCACCAACUGGUCCACCUUCCAGGAGGAGUACUCCAUCGAGCAGGAGGACUCUGGUGUCUAA